AAGUGAUCAAUCUCAAUUCGACAACAUUGGCAGUCAUCUUUAGCAGCGCGCGCGGAUGUGAGAGCAGAUUGGGGCAUUUGCUCUUUUUUUUUAAGGCCAAGGAGUAUUUUGGGGUUUGGGUUCACGUUGUUUUUUUUUCUUUCCUUUCUCUAAUUUGUUUUUACCUGUAAAUAAACAUUUGGUACAUUUGGCGUAGCAGGUCUCCUGGAUAUUCUUUACAGAAAGUGGAUACGCGAGAGGAAGAUCACCAGGUGUGUGUCAGCUCGGCGGGGAGACUCGGACUUUUCGGCGCGCGACUCCGCCGCUACCCCUCGCGAGCUGCUAGAAUGAUGUCAUACCUCAAACAGGCCCCGUACGCCGUGAACGGCCUGGGGCUCGGGGGCGCGCCCAUGGAGCUCCUGCACCCUUCCGUAGGGUAUCCGGGCAACCCCCGGAAGCAGAGGCGGGAGAGGACCACGUUCACGCGCACGCAGCUGGACAUCCUGGAGUCUCUGUUCGCCAAGACGCGUUACCCCGACAUCUUCAUGCGGGAGGAAGUGGCUCUGAAGAUCAACCUGCCGGAGUCCCGAGUACAGGUGUGGUUUAAGAACCGGAGAGCUAAGUGUCGGCAGCAGCAGCAGAGCAGCAGCAGCAGUAACAGUGGCAGCAGCGCUAAAAUCCGUCCUGCGAAGAAAAAAGCCUCUCCAUCACGCGAGAGUCCCGGUUCCGAGAGCAGCGGCCAGUUCAGUCCUCCAGCGGUGUCGAGCACCAGCUCAUCCUCAUCAUCUUCCUCCUCGUCCUCUUCAAAUUCAAACCUGGGUGGACUGGGCAUGAGCAGUAGCUCCGCCUCUGGGGCCACGCCCGUGUCAUCUAUCUGGAGCCCUGCCCCUAUAUCACCCCUUCCGGCUCCUCCCACCGUCCCAGAUCCCGCACCACCGACCAGCGCGUCCUGUAUGCAGCGCGGGGUUUCAGGAAGUGGAGGGCCAGCCGGAGUAGCCUCCUACCCGGUGUCCUACAACCAAACGCCCGGUUACGCCCAGAGUUACCCCAGUACUGCGUCCAGCUCAUAUUUCGGAAGCAUGGACUGUAGCUCCUACCUGGCGCCCAUGCACAGCCACCACCCUCAUCACCCUCAGCUCAGCUCCAUGGCGGGCACCGGGGUGUCUGGACACCACACGCACCCGCAUCACCCCCACCACCUUGGGCAGAGCAACGGGCACCACCACCCUCACCAUCACCCGCAUGCACACACACACCAGGGCUACGGCGGUGCGGCGCUGCCCUUCACCUCCUCAGACUGUGUGGAUUACAAAGACUACAAAGACCAAGCUGCCUCACCAUGGAAACUAAACUUCAGUGCAGACUGUUUGGACUACAAAGACCAGGCGGCUUGGCGCUUUCAGGUCCUGUGAGAAGUUGUGUUUUUUUUUUUAGCAUUUUAGUUUUGUUUAGAAAGCCACCGCACCAUCAGUAUAGAACAAAUUCUCAAAAUUGUGCUCUAAAGACUUUUAAGGAGCCAUUUGCAAAAACUGGAUUUCAAGGUGGAAAUCUUCUAAAGGAGGAGAUACUCUAGACUACUUUAGACUGGUGUUGCAGGAUUAAUCCCAUGCCAAAGGUCUUUGGCUAUCAGCUCUGAUGCCUGUCUGCCUUCACCGCCUUAGACAAGAGGAUCCUCUGAAGACUUUUGCUCUCUCUAGCCUUCGCCAGUCUGGGGGAAAAAAAGAAAUACUGUUAUUUCCUCCUGACGUGUAACCUGGUUUGGCAGUAAUUGGGUAUUUGAAAGACUAAACAGAUCCACAAAUCCCUCUACAUCUCCUUGCCUUCCUCAAUCCACUGCAACUCACUGCACUUGGACUUCUUGUGUGUCUAUGAAGGCAAUAAAUAUAAAAUAAAAUUAUACAAUGCGAUUGUCCUGCAACAGAGAAAACAAAAAUGUGAACCAAACUUGUUUCCUGUGAAAUGUUAAAAAAAUGAGCUGAUACUUUUUUUGCAUUACAUUCAUUAAAUAAAAUAUGAUUUAAAUCAAAAUUAAUGUUUUUUUUGUUCUAUAUCACCUUAAGAAUGACCACCACAAUGUCAUAUGUUUGAAGAAAUACAUAUGAUUUAAAUUAAUUUGUGCAAAGAAGAUAUGAAAGUCAUGUAAAAUUUGAAUGUAGGGAUAUCUUACAUCUGUAAAAUUGCAGCCAUUCAGUAAAAAAAAGUACAAGCAAUGUUAAACAAAGAAAAAAAUCAGGGCUCAAUCAUUGUACUGCUGUUACUAUUUCAUAUUGUGGAGUUUAUUUAACUUAUAAGACAUUUUUAAAUUAAA